AUGUCUGAUACCCCUGUGAAGACGCAAGCGGUUCCACAGGUUCAAAUAACCCACCCUCCACAAACGCCAAGGGGAGCCAACGGAGGAAGCGGAACCAAACCAAGCAUUACCCCUUCAUUUAGUUUUGGGCUUGGCUUUCUGCCAUCGUUCCAAUUUGGCUCACCCAGAAACAUCAACCUCAUGUCAACCUUCUCACCACAACGGUUUUUUGAUAUUUCUAAUAAUCUCAACAAAGCUGUAGAUGGUCAUAGAAGAAAGAUCCUGGUUGAUGACGCGUCGGAGAAUGUCUUCAACUCGUUCACCCCACCUCAACUUGCAUCUAAACCAAACACAAAGUUUUUAGAAUCUUUAACUUCAUCAGUUUCUCGUAAGGCUAAUAGACUUGAUCUGAUGGACUUGCAUGAAACAACCAUCAACACUUCUACAGAUGGUGACAAUAUUGACCUUUGGUCACUUGGCUACGAUAAUUCACACAACCAAACUACAUUGACUUCUAUUUAUGAAGAAACUUCACCACCUAUUAAAUCCGGUCAUUCAAGAAGAGCAUCGGUAAACACUACAUUUUUAACUCCUAAUAAACUUUUCCUUAAAAGUUUGGAUGAAAAGCCCCAUGGGAAACUUUCUCCUCCUCAUUUUGUGGAGAGACAGGGAACCAAGAAAGAUGGGAAGAGUGAUGAUGAACAACAGAAUGACGAUGAAGGAGAUGAGGUAGAUGAACAAGUUGAUGUUGAAGAUGUCAAAAACGUAAUAAGAGAAUUGAACUCGAGCCAGGAUGAAGAAAGAACCCAGGAUGACCAAGAUUUGGAUGACAACUCAAAUACUGACUAUUCAUCGAAUUCUUCUGGAAUCAUCAAGAAAAGAAAGAUAUCUGCGGAUGAAUCGCCAUCCAGCGCCAUUGCAACACAGAUUAAUACCAUUGCAUCUCCUCGAGGUAAUCGUCGACGGAAAUCUUCCCAUAAUAGUAUAAUGGACUCAUCCUUGGUUGAAUCUGAUGGAUGGACUAAGGACAUGGAUGACGCGCUUUUGAAUUCAUAUCACAAGUACAAGAAGUGGUUGGAGAACCAACCUACCGAUUCAGCUUCCACAAAGAAUGUCUCUCAGAAUAAGGUUUUGUCGAGAAUGCUUUUCCUUAAGACCAAAAUACGUAAGUCCGUAGUUGAGAUAUCUACCCGUCUUUCUCGUUUAAUACAGCAAAGACACGCAAAGGCAUUCACACCGGAAAAUCUUGAGGACCUUAUCCAGACUACACCAUUGGAUGAUUUGAUUGCUAGUGGGAAGAGUAUGGAUAGCCGCAGAGACAGCAUAAAGAAUAGUAUCAAAUCCAAUAGUAAUGUUAAAGAACUUGAUGAAAUUCACGUUGAUCAAGAAUUAGAAUGUGAGUUGUCGUCAUCACCUCUUGAUAAGGGUAAUGGCUCGAAAUUGUUGGAAUCUUCCCCAAUUAUAGUAGAAACUCAGGAGGCACCAUACACAUUAACUCCAAGUGAAAUGUUGAUGUCCUUCAAUUUGCAUGCCAAUGAUUCACACAUUUUCACAAUAUGUACGCCAAGCCAGAAACACAAACAAAGUCGCCUAACUGCGGUGGAACUUAGAGAUAAAGUGUGUCCCAUAUUAGCGGAAGAAUUAAAGCCCAUUACUAGAUCUUUAGUUACACAGAACCUCCCAAUUUGGUUGGCGUCACAUUCAAUUUCUCUCACAAAGGAUAUUAACGUUUCUCCUGCAUCUUCCAUGUCACCAUUCACUUCGACACCUAUUCCUAAAAGUUUAAACCUUGAUAAUGGUACUUUCAAAUCUUUUAUGAAAUUGAAUGUACACGCGACUUCUUCUCAAUCACCUUCAAUGUUAAAUUGGAGAUGUCUGACGAAAAUCUAUAAGGAAAAUAGAGUAAUUUUCAAAGUUGAUGAGUUUAUUAAUGGGUAUUCAACCGGUGAAGCUGAUCUGUACGAAUUACAGGUUCCAUUUUUGAAGAAUUUCUGGUCAGGUUAUCUUACUUAUUUGACCAAUGGAGGCGAUAAUACCGAUCUUACAAAUGUAUCGGUACUACAAGUCAUCUACGAAGGUAGCGAAGUAGUUCUGCCUCAACCAAGUGACACAGAUUUUUUACUUCGUGGAUGUUUGCUUCAUGAUUUUGCCGUUGCUGAGAGUUCAGGAGAUACCCAUUUCAUUGCAGCAAACUUGAAAUUACACAACCAUAGAAGCGUUUCAUCGUUUGCAUCCAAUAAGGAUCUGGUACAUCAUGAUGAUGUUGAUGAUAAUGCUACAGUUCUUGCAGAAUCUUCACCAUAUAAGGCAUCCCCAGGUAAGAAUAAUAGUCCUGAAGCUCAAGAUUUGAGGAUUGAUGUUAAUCGAGCAAAUAUUGUUCCUGCCUCACAAGGUCCAGCAAGUGCACCAAUCUACAAUGCAAACGUUGUACAUAAGCACAACCUGGAUGCCUUGAAACGUCAAGAGCAAUUGAGACAACAACUUCAAGAACAGCAACAGAUCCAGAUUCAAAGAUUUCAACAACAACAGAAAAAGGACGCGGCAGACCAACGUCAACUUGAGGCCCAAAUUCAAUUACAGCUAGAAAUUCAACAACAACGAAUUUUACAAAAUAUCGACAAGGGAAAUGAACCAUCAUUUUUUCAACAACCACCACUUAUUGCUUCACAAUCUACGGGAGAUAUCCAUCAAUUCUUGAGUCAACAGCAGAGAGCCAAAUCCACAGGGUCAAUGAUGACCCCUGUAGUCGCACAUGCACCAGGAUUUAAUGGUAAUCCAGUUCCAUUCCAGGCACCAACUGUUCCUACAGCAGCUGAAACACAUGAAACAAACCAAAGUCCACAUUUCCAAAACAAUACCAUCCCACAACAGGGCAUUCCAAUGCAUAUACAACCUCCACAACAAGUAAUGCCUCAACCACAAGGUAUUGCUCAACAACAACUAAUGGUUAAUAUAGGAAAUGGAUUUGUUCCAUUCAAUAUGCUUCCUCCCAAAGUACAGGAACAAUAUAUGUUACAGCAGCAACAGCAGCAACAAGGACAUCCAAUUCAACAACAAAAUCAACACCAACAACAGCAUCAACAACAGCUUCAACAACAACUCCAACAACAACAACAACUUCAACAGCUUCAACAAUCCCAAGUGCCAAUCCAACCCCAAUCACAGGGCCUUCUGAUGCAACAAGCACAUAUUAUUCAACAACAACAACAGCAACAAUUGUAUAUGUUACAGCAACAAGAGCAGAUGCAGUUACAGCAACGUCAAAUGCAACAGCAACAGUCAAGGGUUCAAGCACCUACUAGACAACAAUUUCAAGCACCAAUGCAAACACAAAUCCAACAAGGUCAAGGUGUCAAUAGACAAGCGGUUGGAAUUCAGAAUCCACAAGGUUCAUUCAAGGUUGAUAAUAAGGAAAAUGUCAAGCCUAGGGAAAUCACAUUUGGACCGAUUCUAGAAUACGAUCCCUCGAGUCAACCUGGUGUCAACUCGAGAAAGACAUUCGCAAAUAAGACCGCACAGGAGAAUGGUACGUUUCGGUUCCCAGUUAAUACGCAGGUCAGUAUGUAUAAACCGAAGAAGAAAUAG